AAUCAGAUAGCAGCAGCCAACCACCAAAAAUGGCCACGUAAGCGGGAAGAGAUCGAUGAUGGGGAGAAGUCCAUACUGCAAUGUGGUUGGUUUGAAGAAAGGAGCGUGGACGAGCGAGGAAGACCAGAAGCUUAUCGCCUACAUUCAAGAGCACGGCGAAGGAGGAUGGCGAACUCUCCCCCAGAAAGCAGGGCUCCAGCGGUGCGGGAAGAGUUGCAGGCUGAGGUGGGCCAACUACCUGAGGCCGGACAUCAAAAGAGGAGAGUUCAGCCCAGAGGAUGAAGAGAGGAUCCUUGAGCUGCACGCCUCCCUUGGCAACAGGUGGUCCGCCAUAGCCAGACAUCUUCCCAGGCGAACGGACAACGAGAUCAAGAAUUAUUGGAACACACAUCUGAAGAAGCGCCUCUUUGAUGCAACCACACACAGACAGACACACCGCCGCAUCAACACAGAACAAGCGGGAGCAGAAAACGACGUCGUGCAGCGUCGUCCCAGCUCAUCAUCAGCAAAGCUGCUCAACAAGAUGGCUAGCCGGCUGGCCCACCCGCUGCUGCACUGUCUCGACUCCAUCCUCUCUUUGGCUUCAUCUUCCACCGCAGCGACAUCCUCCCAAGGCCAAAACGAUCCCCCGCCCCACACCAACCAUGACCUUGCCUUCCUCGACUCCCUUCUCAAUGAUGAUUCGGCCGACACUAGCAAAGAUCUGCUCCCAGCGUCACACUACGCUUUGGAUGGUCUGUCGACGUCGGCCGGUAGGAAUAACGAUCCCGUGGAUUACGGUGUUGACGAUCAGGUGGUUUCGGCUACUGUUGACGCGUAUGCCCAUCACCAGUUUCACUAUCACCACGGAGCUGGAGGAUUAUUGGACGGUGAUGAUGAGCAUGGUACGUAG